AUAUUAUUGGAAAAAUGUUUUGAGCGGAUCGGGUUUGGAAGUGAUUCGGGUUAUGCAAAGAGCACGGCGUUGUUCAUUCAUCAGUGGUGUCAGUCGUUUCUUACACUAUAGAGAUCUGAGAAAGAGAACCCCAAGCGCUCUGAACGAUUAAGCAAAGAGAUCUGUUCUCCUCUGUUCUCUGUUCCUCAAAAAUGGAGUACAGGAAAAUCAAAGACCAGGAUAAAGAUGAAGAUUCAGUCGUUGACGAUGUUGAGAGCUUGCGAGGAAAACCUCUUUCAACUGCGGUGAUUGAUACAGCUGUCAGCUUGGGAGGCGGUCCAAUCGAUCGGACCAAAUGGAAGCGAAAGUCAAUGGUCACACUCGCUUUGACCGUUCUUACGAGUUCGCAAGCAAUUUUGAUUGUAUGGUCAAAGAGAGCGGGAAGAUACGAGUACAGUGUUACCACUGCAAAUUUCUUGGUAGAGAGUUUGAAAUGCGCAUUUUCGCUUGUGGCUUUGGGAAGAAUCUGGAAUAAUGAAGGUGUUACAGAAGAUAACAGAUUAAGUACAACUGUGGAAGAAGUCAUCGUUUACCCCAUUCCUGCAGCACUUUAUCUUGUAAAAAAUUUACUUCAGUAUUACAUCUUUGCUUAUGUGGAUGCUCCGGGUUAUCAGAUUCUGAAGAACCUGAAUAUAAUAAGUACUGGUGUAUUAUACAGAAUUAUACUCAAGAAAAAGUUAAGUCAGAUUCAGUGGGCGGCUUUUAUUCUGCUAUGUGCAGGAUGCACCACAGCACAACUGAACUCAAAUUCUGAUCAUGUUCUUCAAACUCCUUUACAAGGUUGGAUGAUGGCCAUUGUCAUGGCACUCUUAAGUGGUUUUGCUGGUGUUUACACUGAGGCGAUAAUUAAAAAGCGUCCUUCAAGGAAUAUAAAUGUGCAAAAUUUUUGGUUGUAUAUUUUUGGGAUGAUAUUCAAUGCUGCUGCUAUAUUGGUUCAAGAUUUUGAUGCUGUGAUGAACAAGGGUUUCUUCCAUGGAUAUUCAUUUAUUACAGUACUGAUGAUUCUCAAUCAUGCAAUGAGUGGCAUUGCUGUAUCCAUGGUUAUGAAAUAUGCCGACAACAUUGUAAAGGUGUACUCAACAUCGGUGGCGAUGCUGCUCACAGCAAUAGUUUCCGUUUUUCUAUUUGGCUUCCAUUUAUCUCUUGCCUUUUUCCUCGGCUCAACUGUAGUCUCGGUAUCCAUAUAUCUACACUCGAUUGGGAAGCUACAGAGAUAGUAAGGACCUCCUCUUGUCAUCUCAUUGCUCACAAUAUAUCUUAUAUUCAGUCUAUUUUAGAAGCUGUAAAGGCAGCGGCGACUUCAACUGUUAGUUCAUAUAACAAAUUUUUCAUUCAUAUAAUGUAAAUUAAGAUGCAACUAGCUUUAAGCAAAAUGGAGACCUUCAAGUAUGACAUUGCCAGGGGAUAAACAAGUAUACGAGCUGAACAACGACGAUCUCUAUUUACGAAGAGCGACAAUGUCUUGUGAUGUUAAAAACGACCUUGUUUCAUAGACCUUUAUAUUCGUCCUUAAAUACUUAUAUUUUUUUUCGUUGGAAAAGCUUUCUGUUGUACUGUCUUUUUGCACAAAAAUAUGUAACCUAUUGUCGGCCAUGACUAAUAGAAAGAAAAAUAUACACGCA